AUGACGAGACAUGUGAGGGGUGAUGAGCAGAUUAUAGAGGACAUUCCUACAGAUAACCGCACAGAUAACUGGACCAGGAUCUCAGAGGAACAUCUGAAAACUCCAGAUUUUAAAGCAGGCGAUCAUGGUGUCACAGAGAAUACAUAUGAAGAGCAUGCCAAUAUUCGAAAUGCACCUUCGGCCUUUCACAGCAAAGAUCUAUCAUCUGAUCCUUUGGACCAAGUCCACUCUAAUGAUUCAUUAUGGACCAUUAAGCAAAAUAAAAGUCACAGAACGAGUGUUCAACAUCAAAGAACUUACACAGGGAAUAAACCAUUUUCAUCUUCAAAAUGUAGGAAAUAUAGUGCUAAAUCAACUCUGGUUACACAUCAGAGUACUCACACAGGGGAGAAGCCAUUCUCAUGUUCAGAAUGUGGAAAACGUUUCAACUAUAAAUCAUAUCUUGUUAAACAUGAGAGAAUUCACACAGGGGAGAAGCCAUUUUCCUGUUUAGAAUGUGAAAAAGGUUUUAUCCAGAAAUCAGAUCUCGUUAAGCAUGAGAGAAUUCACACAGGGGAGAAGCCAUUUUCCUGUUCAGAAUGUGAAAAAUGUUUUAUCCAGAAAUCAGAUCUCGUUAAACAUGAGAGAAUUCACACAGGGGAGAAACCAUUUUCCUGUUCAGAAUGUGGAAAAUGUUUCAACUAUAAAUCAGAUCUUGUUAAACAUGAGAGAAUUCACACAGGGGAGAAGCCAUUUUCCUGUUUAGAAUGUGAAAAAGGUUUUAUCCAGAAAUCGGAUCUCGUUAAACAUGAGAGAAUUCACACAGGGGAGAAACCAUUUUUCUGUUCAGAAUGUGGAAAAUGUUUUAACCAGAAUUCACAUCUUGUUGUACAUCAGAGAAUUCACACCGGAAAGAAACUCUAUUCAUGUUGUGACAAAUCUUUUAACUGUAAAUCAGAUCUUGUUAAACAUCAUAGAAUUCACACAGGGGAGAAGCUAUUUUCAUGUUCAGAAUGUGGAAAACGCUUUAGCAAAAAAUUUGUUCUUGUUAGACAUCAGAGAAUUCACACACGGGAGAAGCCAUUUUCCUGUUCAGAAUGUCAGAAAUGUUUUGCAACUAAAUCAUAUCUUCUUAGACAUGAGAGAAUUCACACAGGACCAAAACCAUUUUCAUGUUCAUAAUGUGGCAAAUGUUUUAAACGCAAAUCAGAUCUGGUUAAACAUCAGGGAAUUCCCUUAUGUCCUCACCUGCAGCACAAUUGC